AUGUCAGGAAUCAAAGGAAUCGGCGAGACCAAGCAGUACGACGGCUCGAAACUCCGCGUCGGUAUCGUGCACGCUCGAUGGAAUACCAAGAUCAUUGAUGCCCUUCUUGAGGGCGCAAAGAAGAAGCUCGCCGAAGCAGGCGUUCCUGAGAGCAACAUUGAGAUCCAGACAGUGCCCGGCAGCUACGAACUCCCCUACGCAGUACAGCAGAUGUACGCCUGCUCGCAAGCCCAAGCAUCCUCGGCCAACUCGACGUUGCUGAGCUCUGCCACCGACCUCCUCUCUUCGUCGACGACCGACCUCUCACUCAAGGACAAGGAGGGCAGCGGAAGCACAGCCGCAAACAAGCCCUUUGACGCCAUCAUUGCAAUCGGCGUUCUGAUCAAGGGCUCGACCAUGCACUUCGAAUACAUCUCGGACGCCGUGAGCCACGCCCUCAUGAAGCUUCAAUUGGACAUUGGCAUUCCUGUCGUCUUUGGACUGCUCACUCUGUUGACGGAAGAGCAAGGACUUGAGCGUGCUGGCCUCGUGUCAGGCUCGAAAUACCACAACCAUGGCGAAGACUGGGGUGCAGCCGCCGUCGAGCUGGGCGUCAAGAGAAGGGGCUGGCAGGAGGAGAAGACAUUCAUCCAAUAG